UACAAGGAGAAUAUUUUGCAACUAGUUACAGAAAAUUGAGAAGAAUUUAUAAUAAAAACGCAAAAAUGGACAACGAGCGAUUAGAUUUGAUUUCCCAAUUCCUACAAAAUGACGAAGAGCUCAUGAGCGGGAAUGCUGGUGUAUUGGCGAUGUUAAACAGCUUGCCUUCGAGCUCCAGCUCGGAAUCUUCCUCAAGCUCUGAUGAAUCGGAACGGGAAGAAAGGAGCAAAUGUGGGAACUUUUGUGAAGUCAUUGAAGGUUACAACGAAAGUGAAUUCAAAGCCCACAUGAGACUACGGCGUUCAACUGUAGAGUUUUUAAUCGAGAAAUAUGCAAGCAGUGCCGAGCCUAGAAUGAACUAUGGUGGAAGAGAAAGUGUUCCACCAAAGAAAAAGGUGUUUAUUUAUAUAUGGUAUAUAAGAUGUGGGGAUGUAGGUGGGGACGGCGAUACAGCCGGUUGUGGGGAUAUUGGUUGCGGACGUAGUUCUGUGUAUGGGGAUGUUGCUGCAAGGUGGGAUGUUGUUGGGUGUUGA